UAGUAAUCACAGAAAUAUAGCAGUUUAUGAGAUGAUUGCUGCAAACCUUGGGGAAAAGGGGUUCCAGAGGACCAGGAAUGAAUGUAGGGCCAAGGCCAAUAACUAUGCCUUUGUUUAAGGAGCUUCAAGACAUCUUUGCUGGCGACUGCGGCAUGGAGCCUAUCCGGGUCACUUCGUCCACGGAAGUUACAUUUGUGCAGAAACCAGUGGCAAGGCCUCCGGAGACCCAGGUCCAGGUGGCAGACCCACUUCAGCCGGAGAAAGGGUCGGAGGAACUCUUUCCCAAAGAAACAGGCACAGCAAGGCAGCUUCAAUCCUUCACUCCUGCAGAGAAGUUGGCUUUGAUUCGUCGCAAGCAGGAGCCUACCUCAGCAGAGAAGAUGGCCGAUAAGAUGAUAGCUAAUUCCGCCACCAACCUGGGCCUUCGGUCGGCACGCAUGGAUGCCAAUGCGGCACAUGAGCAAGAGCGUUUCAAACGGGAAAUGCAGUUCAAAGAAAGAUACUGUGAGGAAACUAGGGCUGAUUUUAGGGAGCUACUAAGUGUAUUCAAAGAGUAUACUACAAUUUUGAGGGAUAUGUCACAAAAAAAGGAUAGCAGCACAGCUAGAGGUAGAUUGUUGAAGCGUGCAAGAAAAACGGGUAGCCCUGUUCCUCCAAAACUCCCUGCAAUGGCAGCUCAGCAGUAUUUUAAUGGUGUGGAAGAUGCCUCUCAGGCACCCACAACCUCUGCCUUGAUGGGAAAUAAUACUGGCCAGCCAUCGGCCAAUGACCACUGAUUAGUGGCUAGCAAGUGUCGCCCACAAAGAGCUGUUAAGAAACCUGCCCCACUGUCCCCUUGAAAGGUUGAUGUUAAUCUUUACACCAGAACUGUUUGUAUAUCAUUAUCCAUCACUAACAGUUUGAGUGAUGUAGCAAACAUCUAUGUUUACCUAUAUCUAUGAAUGAUUCGCUAUUAAAAUUUUCUAUCACAACCCUUUUCUUGCUUUCCUAUAUGCCUCCGUCUGGUAGAGCCCUGUUCUGGU